GCGUCAAAGAUGGUAAUUCUUACGCAACAAGAUUUACAUAGGCUUAGUUGAAAACAUGCAGUAAAAAAUGGAUAAUUCUUAUAUGGAUGGAUCAAGUCUGGACAUUUAUAAAUACAGACGAGGUAAAGACAAGCAAUGCAUCUUAAUAAACCCGCUCGCCAGCGGACGUUACUCGGAAGAUGUCUCACAAAAUAUUAUAAUAGAAGUGGACGAACAGAAACGACAAAAAAGAUACGCGAUACUACAAGAGCCUAAAUCUGACAUCACCACAAAUCGAUUGCGUUAUUUCUUACUUAUUUAUUCUAAUCCAAUAUGGAAUGUUUUUAUUUUGUCAGUAAUAUUCACAUCCUACAUGUUUGAUACAUGUCUUUACACCUUUUUUCACGUAGAACAAAGACCUUUGUGGGUUGUCGUUAUGCUUAUUUGCUUUAACAUAAUUUUUAUGAUUGAUGUCAGUGUUCUGUUUGGCUUGAAAUUCUUCCGGCAGUGGCGUAAAACAUUGAACAUUGUCGAGCCUUGUACUGAGCGAGUCAUCUUUGAUAUCAUUUUGGCAAUGCCAUAUCCGUUUCUGUAUUUUCUCAGAAUAGAAGUAUUUAUGGAUAUUCAUGCUAUUUCUCCAAUCAUUGCAACCGUUAGGGCUUACAGAAUAAUAGAAUAUUCCUAUAACAAAUCUUCCCAAGCAGGAACUAAUCAAUGGACUACAUUUUUGGCCCAAUAUUUAAUUCUAUUUCUGCUCUCCGUACAUACGUAUACUUGUGUGUGGUAUCUAUUUUCAUAUAGAUCAUUUGACGUUCAUAAAAUUCGUACCUCCUGGUCAAUUGGGGCAAUUUACUUACCGACUGAAACUGUCCUAGAUUGGCAUUUUGUCUGUGCCUACUGGUCUGUGAUGAUCUUAACAACCAAUUCUCUGGGAGAUCUUUAUCCGGUGUCAACGUUAGAAAGAAUAAUAGCGACGCUCGCAAUUUUAUUAGGCUUCUUCAUUACAACAAUAGUCUUUGUCGGUUCAUUAACUUCACAAUUUAUUACUAUCACAACGAGACGAGCCAAAUAUGUACGCAAAUUGAAGAGAAUUCAGAACCAUCUGUCAUUGAUACAUAUGGACGAGGAUACAACAAAACGUGUUCUCAGAUACUACGAGGAUCUUUGGUACCAAAAGUCUGGCGUGUUUAAGCCAAAGCUUAUAAAGCUACUGCCAGCGCCUUUGUUGAUGGAAAUAUGUUACGACCUGAAUGCAGUACCUUUGUAUAGCUCUCUGGUAUUCAGGCAACUGCCAGACCCUUUCCUAAGAAGGCUUUCAUUAGCGAUGUGUCAUCAAUUCUACCUGCCUGGCGAUAUUGUUUACAAUCACAACCAAAACAAAAGUUUCAUGAUUUGUAUAACAAAUGGGGUACUCGAACUACUGUCAGAUGAGGAUGAUGAAAGUCCUAUGAUUUCGUUUGGUAAAGGAACAUGUAUUGGAGAAAUAUCUUUGGUGUUUAAUAUACCAGCAAGAUGUACCGUUAAAGCGGCGACCUAUGUUGAAUGUCAGAUCCUCAAUCACACCGAUUUCAUCAAACUAAUGAUCACCUACCCCGAUAUAAGCGUACAAAUAAGGAGUGAAAUGUUGGAAAGAAUUGAAAGAAGCCACAAAAGGAAAAUGAAACAGCAAUCGAAACCACCUCUGACAUUAAAUAUAUACGCAUCGAGAGAUCAAAAGAAAAGUAGUAUAAAACGCUUGAAAGAUAAACUAAGGUUUCUCCAAGGUUUUACAGAUGAUAAAGGCACGGAUGACCUGGACGAGAGCUGCUUAGAUCUCUACAUACUAUCCGAACAUAUCAAGAAGCGAUCCAAAGUAUUCACUUGCGUUAGCGGAAACUUUCCUUGGAUUCUAGAGUCCACUUGCCAUUUGGUGAAAUACUGGCAGCUAUUUAUGCUUUUUAUAGUGUUCUAUAUAUGCAUAGUCUAUCCGUAUUAUAUUGGAUUUAAAAGAGAAUUUCCGGGCGGCAUGUUUUUUUAUACCGAAAUAUGUAUAACGAUAUCGUUGAUGUUAAAUGUAAUCAUGUCAAUCGUGACCGCCGUGAAGACGAAGAAAAAAUAUAUCAAAAACUUUACCGGAAUAUUAAAUUACCGUAUGAAUACACUUGGAUUUUAUAUGGAUUUGGUGUCGCUGAUACCUUUUGAGUAUAUUGUGACAAUUCAUACGAAUGUGGACUAUUUGGAUACGUAUAGAAACCAUCUCUUUUAUUUGUGUAAAGGUGUGAAGCUCUGUCUGGUCUGGAGAAUAUCUAGUUUCUUUGAAGAGUUGGAGAAGAAAGUUAUGUCAAAUACAAUCAUUGUGAAGAUUUCAAAAUAUUGUGUAUACAUCGGAUUGCUAUGCUAUUGGUCAGGAGUUAUAUUGUAUAUGGAAUCUUGCUUUGUGAAUAGAUGUUCGCAACAUUCGUGGUUUGCGAGAGCUUUGAUUCGUGAAGAUCAAAGGCAUGGUGUGAUGUCUACAAAAACCAAGUACCACGUCUUGACUUCGAUAUAUUUUGCAACAACAAUACUCCUUUCAGUGGGUUAUGGUGAUUUUAAUCCUGGCGAUAAGCAGGACAUGGGAUUUGUUGCGUUUCUAAGUUUAUACGGAGUCCUGUUGACCGGAUAUUGUAUUUCCGAAUUUUCUGCUGUUGUUACACAUUGGGCGAGAACCAAAACUGCAUUUCUAGAAGUUAUCCUAACAAUAGAUAGAUUUAUGAAAGAAAAUAAUAUGCAUUCAGCGAUAAAAUCAAGAAUAAUGUCGUUCUAUGAACUACAAUGGCAAUAUAAUUCAGGUGUCGAAUUAACUGACGAAAGUUGGCUCAAGAAAACAGUGGUACCAGCAGAGUUACGAAAGAAAGUGCUUCAUCAAGCUAGGUUCAAGACACUUACGUCAAUACAGUUCUUUCAAGUGAAAAAUAAAGCUUACAUACACACGUUAACCGAGACCGCAAGAGACAUAAUCCUACCUCCUGGGGAGAUAGUGUACUACGGUGGGACCAUUACAAGGGAGUUGUAUAUAAUUGAGAGCGGCUACUGUAUCGUCACGUCCAAAGAACUUAGGGAAACGCGAAGGGAACGUGUCAUCGGUCCCGGGAAUCAUUUGGGAUUGCUUGUGCUUUUGUAUGGAGUGCCUGCUGUUAGCACCAUAAUUACUCUGACACAUUGCAAAUUGAUUAGUAUAGGCCAUUUCGCGUAUACUUCAGCACUGAAUUUGUUUCCUGACAUGAAGGAGCAUGAGGGUUUACUGACAUCAGACGAGUUGCAUAGCAUAGAACAACAAGCCAAAUCACAGAAUACGGACGCAUAUUUAAAACACUACAAUGUGCUCAUGGGAAAACGUUUGUCGAGUUUGCUUACGAAUGCAUUGCAAGAUUUCUUUAAUGAUUCCUUUAUAAACGUGAAAAGACACUACCAACGUAAAAACGAAAGUUAUCUUAAGUCGUUUCAAGAAUUUCACAUCCUGAACACCAUCUCCCCAUACCUGUUGCUCCCGAUCGCUAUCAAACCUGAUGGCACUUUCUUAAAAACCUGGGCAUUUAUACGAGUUAUAACGGCGUAUCUUCUUAGUUUGCUGAUUCCAAUUGUAGUAUCUAUGGCUCCGACGUGUGGAAGUUUUAAUAUAAUUAUGAUAACACUGGAGGCUAUAUGCUAUGUAGACUUAUAUAUAAUGCUGCAUGUAGCUUAUUACGGCUCAAAGAAUCAGCUUAUUUACCAUCCAUACUUAACUGCGAAGAACUAUUUAACGAGAUCCUUUGCAAUAGACUUCUUAACAUGUUUUCCUUGGUAUCUGUGUUGGAAGUUAUUUGUUCCUAAACAUAACGAGAGCCAUACCCCUGAAGAUCACGGCGUAAAUUCGCACUUAUACCAUUGCAUUUUCCGAAUGGCCAAUAUUCUUCAGAUAUACAAGCUUUAUGCUGUUUUUUGGGCUGAAUCGAUUGGCGCAUUAAAACGGUUUCUCUAUUAAUUUCAG